ACUUUCAAUCGGCGCUUUUUGGUCCGGAUCCGAUAUCUGCAUGCCCUUUCUAAUUUUUGUGUCGGCACUAUUAUAGAUCGAUUUUGGAUUGUUACUUCUGGAAUGUGUAUGCGAUACGGAAAAGGUGUCAGCUUCUUAGUUGAGGUUGGGGACUACACAAGACCUAUCAGACGAAUCGAGCCUAUCUUAUCAACUGAAGUAUUCUACACUGAACCCUGGGACACGGCUGAGAGUCCCCACGAUGUGGUUGCAGUAGUCAGAGUAGCCAGACCAAUUCAAGAUAUAUCGAGAUAUCUGAAGAUCUGCCAGAGACCUGGAUCCCAAGGAGACACCAUUGGCACCUGUGGAUUGGGCCAAACAUCCAGAUCUGAAGCCAAACAUUCGAGGACUCUGAUGGAAGCCUACUUUUCUGUCAGCUACCUGCCAGAUGGUUUUGUUCCGGUCGUGGAUCAGCUGAGUUUCUGUCGAGAAAAAGACAUUUGUACUCGUGAAAUUACACCAGGCGCUCACAGCUGUUUAAAAGACGCUGGCGCACCGGUUUAUCAAUUCGGCUGUGCUGAUUCAGAGGACGGUUUCCAGUACCCGAUCCCCAAAUGUCUAUACGGAAUGGUGAAGUCUGUGAAAAGUUUUGAAAUCGACUCACAGGGCGACUAUUUGGGAUGCAAAGGACCAGAGACGUUCACGAACUUGACUCACUAUUUUCCUGAGAUCCAACGGAUUAUUGACAAUUAUCGAUUUUGAACUUUAAGACAAAGUG